CUGAGACUCAAACUCUGGCGUUCUCGAAAUGGAACAUGGUCUGAAGAUAUAAUAAGUCUAUUUCUCCAUGUGUGUUGCUUAAAUCUGUAAAUAUAAAGAAAAGUUAGACCAGUGUGUACUUCUCUGCAAUCCAUGUUUUCGCUGGCUCCUCUUAAUAAGGGUUACUACCGGUUAGGGAGACUUCUUGUACUCCAGGCACUAUCCAAAGACGCUCUGGGGGAGACAAGAGUUCCAGAACAGAAUAAGAGACAGUCCCCAGGGGGAGGAAAGCCUUGUGGUAAUGGACCAGCACAGAAGGGAAUUGGCCAAUGACCUGGGUGAGGUUUGCGAAGAGGCCACAUAAGCAGAAAGCCCCAAAUGACACGCAGAGCUGCACGAAGAGUUGGAGCAAGCAGCACCUCACAUAUCAAGAGCAGAGUUUUCGUCUGGAGAAGACACUCAGCAGGUGUUUAUUGAAUGGAUGAAUCUCUGCAGAAAAUGAGACCUUGAAAAUAAGCUCUUCCUCUGAGAGAGAAGUAAUCAAACUGCACAUCGUGUGAGAGCAAGCCCGCCUUGGCAACUCAAACCUUUUUCCUGUGUUCACACUUCAGAAAAGGAAGCCACAGCUGAUAGCAUCAAGGAGGAAGGAAAUGGUGCAUUGUGCCAGGCCAGCGCAUGUGUAGUGUUGUACAAGUUACUAUUUUUUUAAUAGAGCAGCUCCUGGAAGUUUUCUGCAGAUGGAUUUCCUUGCUCUCCUUUUGGCUAUUCUUCAAGUAUACCUAGCUCUAUGUGAAGAGACAUUUUUUGACACAACUGUCAGGCUUGCAGAGAAUAUGACUCUAGAAUGUGUGUAUCCCUUGAUGGGAAAUUUAACCCAGGCAGAGUGGUUGAAGACCAUGGGUGAGGAGAAAGAGUCCAUGGCUGUAUUCAACCCCAAGUUUGGUUUGGCAAUAAAGAAACCCUAUGAAAAUAGGGUUCACUUUUUAAACUCAACAAUGACUGGCAAUGACAUGAGCCUUUCCUUUACUAAUGCCUCUGAAGCUGAUGUGGGCACGUAUACCUGCUUGCUCCAUGCUUUUCCACUCGGAUCUUGGACAAAGACGGUACAGGUGGUUCAGUCAGAUAGCUUUGAAAUAGAGUUAAGGAAUCAUGACCACAGGAUCUUAAGCCCUGGAAGUGUGACACUCACCUAUGAGCUUCAAAUGAACCAGUCAGCACAAGAAGUCAUGUGGGAGAAGAUCCAGCCGCACCAGAUAGACCUCCUGAUGCACUGCAAUCUGUCCGGAGGGAAAAGUUACUCCAAGUACAGAAAACAAAUAGUGACCAACUGCACGCAGGGCAUCAGAAGCAGCUUCAUCAUCAUUCCCAAUGCCACUUACUCCGACUCCGGGCUUUACCGGUGCCAAUUUGUGGCCAGCACUGGAGAAAAUGAAACUUUCCUGAUGAGCCUAACCAUUACUGAUGGUAAAACUGAUAGCCAAAACACCAUUGCUGUGGCUGUAGGGACAGUUUUAUUCUUGUUUGUUGUCAUAAUUGUCAUCAUCAUUGUCACUUUUUGUAACAGGAGGAGAAGGAGACUGAAAAAUAUUCCAGACAAAAGUUCCUCAGGUGCACAGAGUAAAGUAGCCAACAACUACAGGAGGCCCAUCUCAGCCAACCAACCUGUAGAUGAUGCCAGCGAAGACAUUUAUGUUAACUACCCAACCUUUGCUAGAAGACCCAAACCUAGAUAUUGAACCUCUAUCUUGAACUCUUGACCUGAGCAAAUUAAUAUUAUGUAUGUGGAGCUUGCAAUGAUUCUUCCUUCUACCCAGUAUCUGCUUUGAAGUUGUUCAAAUUUGAUAGAAUUGUUUCAUUUGAUAGAAAAAUACUGCAUUAUGUAGAGUACAUUCUUAAUAGGAAUAUAUCAGAAAACUUGAAUUUAGCUUAUGUGGACAAGAAAAUUUAACUGACUCAUAUAAGGAAAAGCUAGGAAGAUUAAGCUUCAGGCAAGGGGUUGCUUACUAGAGCUUCAGUGUCAUUUCUAGAAUUAAAUAAGGGUGAAAAUUGGUUUUGGAUUUCUCUCUCACAGGGGUAGAUCCACUUCAUUGGCAUGCCCUAACUAACUCUGAUGGAGGUUUUCUUGUGCUUCCCAGGUAGCUACCAAUGACUACAAUUUGUACAUCUUUGUUCUAUGUUUGGUAGAGAGUUUGCUUGUAUUAACCAAUGUAUUUGGUUAUCCAUCUAUCACUAAGUAAGGAUCUUGGUCACAAUAGAUUACCAUAAUUGGCUGGGACCAAAGGACAUUAUUGGCUAAUUCAUGUAUGUCAAAUAAAGAAAGGGGAUUGGGAAACUGGUGAUUACCACAAAUGUUAACCACCAUGAUUAUGCAGGAUUAUCUCUUGCUAAUGAAUUGAACUCAGUAUGGAGCAGAAUAAGAUUAGUUCCUCUCUCUCUUCUAGAAUCUUCUCUGUCAGCAUAGUUCAGAGUACCUGGCAGGAGAACAAAUAAAUAGUCAAGAGAAAGGUAAAAACGACAUGCUUAUC